AUGGCCAGAUGUAUAGGAGAGAGUUUCCUUCUCCUAAACUGAUGAGAGUGAAGAAUUUGAUCCUGGACAGGCAGAGCAGGGUCUCUCAAAGUGAGGCAGAAGGACUAUGGCUCAUUCUAGUUUCCUUUCCCCCAUUCUUAGGUAAGUGCCAGUGUUCUAGAAAGUUUAGAGAGGGCCAGAUUCUAGAAUGAUUUUUCUCUUGAGAACAGGCCUGGAACCUUAGAAGGGCAUUUGCAUAUCAGUUGGGAAUAAAUGGCAUUGCAUUUGGCUGCUUUCUCUGCAGAUCGGUGAUUUCUUUUCCUGGCUGCUUAAUUCUUUCCUCAUAUAGAAACCUCCUGUCCAUAGUGAUUUCUAGAAACCCAUAGGCCUUGAGUUGCAGUGCCCUGCUCUGCCAGCCCUCACCUCCAGCAGGCAUGAGUCUGGCUCAUACUACCAUGUUUCUAUGGACCUGGGUCAGUCUCCAGGCUUUUGAAAUCGUGGAGAAGGAGAACAUUUUCCAGAGUACUCCUUGCCCUGCUUUUCUGAUGUUCGACAAUGCAGCCUAUUUGGCUGACAUGAGCUUCGAGCUUCCCUGCCACUGCAAACCCGAGGAGGUCUUAUCUGUGGUCUGGUACUACCAAAAGCAACUGGGUAGCAGUCACACCAAAGUGCUGACAGACUUUGAUGGGCGGUUGCUGACAGAGGCAUCUCAUGUGCGAGUGGGCAGUGACAUGUUGGUCCGCUUCAGCAUCCGCAUGUUCAGCCUGUUGGUCUUCCGGGCCCAGCCUGAGGACUCAGGCCUGUAUUUCUGUGGCACCCGCAACGGGGAUUACUUUUAUGCCUAUGAUGUCGACAUCCAGAGCAAUGAUGGGAUGGUGGCCACCUUCAAGGACGAAGGACAGGAGCCCUUUGCAGACGAACACCAUGGGAGCCUCCAUGUCUUCACUACCUUCUGGGAGUGGACCCCCUGUGACCGUUGCGGGGUACGUGGAGAGCAGUGGCGCAUCGGCCUCUGCUACCUGAAGAGCCCUAACCUCUCCCCACGAUAUCAAAAGACAGUUCCGGAUGUGGUAUCCUGUGGCUCCCAUGCUGUGCCGAGGAAGCUGCGCACCAUGGCCCAGUACCAUAUGCCUGAGCUUCAGAUUCAGAGCUGCCUGGUGCCCUGUGAGAAGACCCAGAUCCAGGAGGGCAUGCCGGCCAUCUACAGCUACCUGUCGAAAGUGGGCAGCAAGCCCUGGAUACCCCAGGUCCCCAUUCAGUUCCACCAGCAAAGCCUAGGUCAUGGGCUCAUCAUUUCCUGUCCUGGGGCUCGGCCAGAGCAUGCAGUGGCCUGGGACAAGGACCAUGAGCAACUGUACCGUAGACAGUACCUGAUAGGUGUCAACAGAUCCAUGAGGGUGUUCAUUGACCAUGGCAAUCAGCUCCACAUUCGCUUCACCCAGAUGAGUGAUCGUGGCAUAUACUAUUGCUGGCGGCAGGGGGUACGGAUCGCUGGGUUCCGGCUGGGUGUGAAAUCCGAAGGGCACUACCCAGCCUCACUGUUGGACCCUGAGGCUCGUUCUGCUGUGGUGCUCACCCUGCUUGCCUACCUGCUCAUUGUAGUAGUCUUUGUCAUCAUUCAACUCUGUCGCUGCUGCUGUUACUGUUGUCGCUGCUGUCCCAACAUCUCCCUCUAAGCUGUUUCUUUCCCACCUCUGAAGACCAGCUGUGCUUUGAUGUGUUUUA